UAGAGGAGGCACCCCUCUGGGACUCUGCAGGUGUUGGUUGGGAGGCUGAUAGCAAUAGGAGAAGCAGACUGGUUUGCUCGGUGAUCACCCCAAGAGGGAGCGGCAGGGUUGGAGAAGUCUGGAGCUAGGAGGGUUUGCUUGAUGACUUGUCUGAGCAGGAGAAUAGAGAGCUGGGGGAUCAGGAAAAGGACCUACCUGCUGACUUUUCUGAGCUGGUACAACAGCUGUAGGAAAAGUGGAAGAAAAGGGACUCCAGCAGUGUGGGAUAGGAUCACACUUCGGCACCUUAGUCCAUAUAAUGAGUCACUUUUUUUGUUGCCUCUUAACAUGAUGUGGUGCAUGGGAAGAACAAAUGUCGAACAAACAUGUUGCUAAAUAACAUCGGACAUUACUAGAACCGUCUUCUUUCCCGGUAUCUGCACAUAGGACCAGCGCCAGUGAAUUGCAGCCAUCUCUGGGGAGGAGAGCAGCAACCAAAAACAUACAGAACUUUGAACAAGGAAACGGAUGGGGAAAAUGAGGAUAAAAGCAGCAGGGCAAGGCCACAGUCUGCAUCCACAGAAAUCAAAGGAGUUUGCUCUGAAGCUUGUCAUGCUGCAGCUUGAAAGGACCUUGACAGAUUACUCAAAUUCCCCAAGAAAAAUCGUGGCUUCCCAACCUGGGGUUGGACGCAGCAAAGUGCCAUACCUUUCUGGACCUAGGGAGCACCCUGACUUCUACCAGGACAAGAACACAACAUUUCCUGGUGACAGACUACCCACUACUGCAGGGAGCAUGAUGACAGCCAUCCUGGAGCGGAUCAGCACCUUGUCGGUGAGCGGGCAGCAGCUGCGCCGCCUGCCCAAGCUGCUGGAGGAAGGCUUCCCCAAAAUGCCGUGCACUGUCAGGGAGUCGGACGUGCCCCAGCUUUUCCGGGAGCCCUACAUCCAGACCGGAUACCGCCCCACCGGGCAGGAAUGGCGGUACUACUUCUUCAGCCUCUUCCAGAAGCACAACGAGGUGGUGAAUGUGUGGACCCACCUCCUGGCGGCCCUGGCAGUGCUGCUGAGGUUCAAAACCUUUGCUGAUGGGGAGGAGCUGUCCGUGGAUGUCCAGUCCUUGCCCCUGUUCAUCUUUGUCCUGUCCUCCGUCACCUACCUGACGUGUAGCCUCCUAGCCCAUCUGCUGCAGUCUAAGUCAGAGCUGUCCCACUACACCUUCUACUUUGCGGACUACGUCGGAGUCAGCAUCUACCAGUAUGGCAGUGCCCUGGCCCAUUUCUACUACAGCUCUGAUCAAGCCUGGUAUGAUAAGUUCUGGCUCUUCUUCCUCCCGGCAGCUGCUUUCUGCGGCUGGCUGUCCUGUGCCGGCUGCUGCUAUGCCAAAUACCGAUACCGCCGCCCGUAUCCCAUCAUGAGGAAGGUGUGCCAAGUGAUCCCGGCCGGGCUAGCCUUCGUCUUGGACAUCAGCCCGGUGGCGCAUCGGGUGGUCAUGUGCCACCUGGGGGGGUGUGAGGAGAAGGCUGCCUGGUAUCACACCUUCCAGAUCCUCUUCUUCCUCAUCAGCGCUUACUUCUUCUCCUGCCCCGUGCCCGAGAAAUACUUCCCUGGGUCCUGCGACAUCGUUGGCCAUGCCCACCAGAUCUUCCACACCUUCCUGGCCAUCUGCACGCUCUCACAGCUGGAGGCUAUCUUCCUAGACUACAAGAACAGGCAGGAAAUCUUCCAGAGGAGACACGGGCCUCUCUCCAUCUACGUGUCCUGCGGCUCGUUCUUUGGCCUCGUGGCUUGCAGCGCAGUCACAGCCUACUUCUUGCGGUGUCGGAUCAAGGCAGCGCUGGUUAAAAAGGACUCUUGAGAGGCCAUCCUGGAGAUGGAGUAGAUACUAACUGGCUGGGUCCAGCUUGCUGGAAACCAGUGAAGGAGGAUAAUGUAGAUAGACCUAAACUGGUUUGUUUGCAUAACACUGUCUGUCUGACAUGGCUGAGAGAGGAGGCUCGGGCUGGACAAGCCUUUGCAUCAGAGGCAUUUCUGCUGGAGUGGCCCGCUCCUGCAGGGCAGGGGGGUGUUUUAUGCCAGAUCAGGACACCUAACCAAGGACGCAUGGGUGAGGCAGAGUUUUCUAGUCCAUUCCACUCCAGUAAGCCUGCUGGAGAUAUCAUACCCAGUUUCAGCCAAGGGCUGUUAUAUUAGACUAUGGAGCCGUCUUCCAAGGGAAGAUGGGGAAGCACCAUGACUACAGUCACUCAUGGCUUUGGCAAACGUUGGAGAAUAUAUGGCAAAGAUCAGUCCUAGACUAAUGAGAUGACUCACUGGGGUCUGUCCAUCUUUGUGGGGUGGAUCCAGCUGCUGUGGCAGUCAAUUGCACCAUGUCCCUGGGAGCAGGAUUGGGUGCUUUGAGUCUAAAAUUAAGGGUGCAGCUGCAAGGGUGUUGAAAGAUAUGCAGGUGCAUUCAUGGUUUCAUAGUUUCAUAGUUGGUGGGGUCGGGGGGACCUGAGCAGAUCAUCAAGUCCGACCCCCUGCCAUGGCAGGAAAAAGUGCUGGGGUCAAACGACCCCAUCGAGGUGUUUGUCUAACCUCCUCUUAAAGACCCCCAGUUCGUCCUUGCUCCUUCUCCGGUUUGGGUUCUUGUCCACCACGUUCUCCACUCUCCUUCAUCCUCGGCUUCAUCGAUACCAGGUUUGUAGGGUGACUGUGACAAAUCAUUGUAGCAAUAGGCCUGGUUUAACCCUCUAGCUCCACCCUCCCUCAAAAAACUUUGGGGACAUUGAGAGCCAGAUCUAGCCUUGACACCUCAGCCUUUCCUCUGCUCCACUGAUUGGCAUUGGCCCAGCAUUUCUCAGGCAGCUGACGCAGCAGUGAUGUGAGCUCAGAGCCAUCUUCUCUCCCAGGGUUGUCGUGCUGCAGGUGUUUACAGACAUCGAGUCCCAGGGCUACUCAUGAAAAUUUCAUACGACGCGGCAGACAGUCUCAGGGAGGGGUAACUGGAUACAGGCCUUUUCCGUUGUAGGUCUGUUGUUUGAAUGCAUCCUGGCUUUAUGAUAUGGUUGGCUAUUUGGCAGCCUAAGUCAAAUGCGAGUUUGUGCCUCUAGCCUAGUUAUGAACAGAGCAUUUUCCCUGGUUGCCCACAAAGGCGACAAAGAUUAAAUCAGCAUGAAGUUCCUCCUUCUCCUUUAACGGUGAGUAUGGUCCUGUUCUGGUCAGGAGCAGUGUGCUUUAAUGCGCCAUUAUCCAGCCUGUGGCAUGCUUAGAGGGGCAAACAGUGCCCUUUGAGGACCCUGCCACAUUUCAUCAUCAGUUAAAACAUCAUAACAGGAGGAGAAAGGAGUCAGGGAGAUAAAAAGGAUGUGCUCAUCCUCCCUCUGACAAAUCCUGCCUGGUGUCUGAUGGUCUGUCCUGACCUCAGGGCAGGUUUCUUCUCUAUCCUGGAUGGCCAAUUGCUCCUGCGUGCUUCUUUCUGCAGAGCGCCAACAGGUGCCCAGGGAGUGGAGAGGGCACAGACUGUACUGUGCUGGCAUAGGGAUGGAGCGGAUGGUGUAAGAGGCCCUUGCCCUCUGCUGCAAGGAGAGGAUGGCAGAAGACACCAGUGCCUUUUCCUUUGGGACUGGAAUGGGAGGAGGGGGCAGCUUAUGUAUUUCCUGCAGCGGGCUGUGACUACCACCACCCCACAUGACCGACAAGGGGCUGGCGGGAUAGGAAGUUAUUCGCCGACUGGCCGAGUCCCUGCUGUGUUGGCUUCAGUGGGAAAUAGGAAACUGGAGGCACCGGGCCAGAACGCUGUGAUGUAAAUUGGCGUAGCUCCAUUGAAAUCAAUGGUGCUUCAUAUCAGCUGCCUUCUAGGAUUCCCUGCCUAGGCAGAGUCCUCGUAGGGCCAGCCUGUACCCACCUCUUGCAUUGUCCAUUCUGGUCUCUCCCUCUGAUCCACCCUGGUCCCCUCCCGUUGGAUAUGCCACCGUGCUUUGUGUAGGUCCUGUUCCUGGUCUCCAUGCUCAGGUGGUCCUUGAGCGAGCUGGUUCACACGUGGUGUAGAUCCUUAUUAACUUUGGUAGCUCUAUGCUGAUUUACUCCAGCUGAGGAUGUGGCCUAUGAAGUCCUAGUCUAAACAUGCAAAGCCAAACACAGUGGGAGUUUGGAGAUGGUGCUGGGAGAGGUGGUUCUGAAGCUCACACACCACAAGCCUUGGCUGUAGCAUUCAAAUAUCUGCUUUAAGGAGCUUCUCAAGUCCCCUUUUGUUGUGGGCUUUGACACCCAGAAAGCUGUGAUGUCAGCCAUAACCUUUUGCUGGGUAAAGGUCAAUUGGAGAGAAAAAUGGAGGAGGGUAGGGUCGGGGGGAUCUCGGAAAACCAAGCCACAUACUAGGUGCCUUUCUUUGGAUUCAGGGGCCUAACUCUAGGCCCCCCGAUCUGAAAAUAUUAGCCUUAAUGAUUUAAUCUGUGGAGGAUGGGGUGUGGGGGAUGCUGCUUGGGUUAAAGUAUGGAGAGAAGUUUUGAACUCGGCACUCGUGGUUCAAAUCUAGCCUGGGUUGGUCAAUACUAGAAAUAUUUAAUAGGAGGCAACUACUCAGUUGUCUUCAUGACAUUGUGUUGGUCUCUUAUCCUUUUGGGGAAGACUUUCUAUGGAACAGUGUUCCUGUAGCCCAGCAAGACCCAGACUGCUGCUCCUGAGCCACAAGUGGCUCUUCAGUUUAUCACGCAUGGUUUCAAGCAGAUACUUUAUUUCCUACAUGCAUUGGGUAUAUCAAAUAAUGUGGCAUGCACUUGGGUGCAUCUACCCAGGAUGUUUACUGCGGAGUUGCCUAAUUAGCUCUGGAGUAAAGUCUCAGCGUCUACACAUUCAGCCCUAUUAAGCCACAGUAAACUAAUUAACUCUGCCAUAGGUUAGUACCUGUAAACACAAGUACUGUCCUGAGGCGAUGUUAUUUAGUGCACCGCCGUGCAUGUACAGACGCUGAUGGGAUUGGCUGGGGCACGAGGGUGCUUCAGUGUGGGGGCUGCCUGCUGGUUAGCACUGCACGGAAGUACCCUUGUGCCUUAGCCAGCCUCUCUGCAGGACAUCGAGCCGGGUCAUAGCAGCCCUGGGCUGGCAGGCUGACCCCCCUGGGUCUCCUGCCAGCUGGUGCAGUCCCGGGCGCACGUGUAAAUGCAGCACCUGGGAGCAAUAAACUCCAGCACGAAGUAUGCCAAUAUUUAUUUAUUCACAUUAAUAGCACGUGUAGAUCCGCCCUUCCUGUCUCUAUUGAUCGCAGUACAAGUAGGACAGGAGCUUUCCGUUGAGCUGCCACAAUACACCCAGGGCUGUCCUGAGCCGGCCUGGACUGAGCAUCACUGCUGUAGCAAUACCAGUCCAGUUAAAAUGUAUUGCCCUGAAGUGUGGAUGCAGUUAUGCUGGUAUAAACAUGCUUCCCUGCAGGAAGGGCAAGACACCUGUUCAAGGUGUAUAGCAUAAGAUUAUGGUGUAAGUACCUGUAUACACUGUGUGUGUACCUGCAGUAGGCCUCUUUUUGCUCGUAGCAAACCAUACCACUGAGAGACAUGAUUAUUCUGGUACAGUCUUUGGGUAUAGACCAGGCCUUUGCUUCUGCAAGCAUUGCAAACCAGGCUCCACGCUCUGCCCCAAGCAAAGGACAGAAAAAGCAAUGCCAUCUGGGCAUGGAGAACCUAGAAAGACAUCUUCAGUGGAGAUGUAUCACCACCUACUGGUGUCAAAAAGCAAUUCCACUUUUCCCCAUUGCAUCCUUGGUGGUGUUUUUAGUCUUCCCACGUUGCAUCUGUGAGUGAUGCCAUCCACUUCCCCAUAUCCCUCUCUGCAGCCAGACCAGCCACUGACCUUCUUGUGGGAAUGAUGGGGCUGAUUUUGCAGGGAACUACUGACCAAUGCUGCUGUCCUUGAGACACAAGGUGCUUUGUCCGACACUGGAGCCACCUCCAAUCGCCGCCCCCCACUUCUUUUCCCGGUGCCUGAACUAGCUGUCAUCAGACCUGCUUGCCCAUCCUCCCUCUUUCCAAGUCGAUUUGUACUCGUGCCUUAUAUGUCACUGGACCUUGUGCUGUGAGAUAUGAUGCAUCUUCCCCCUGGGCUGGCCAGGUACCAAGCAGCUGCUGACAGCGCUAUCCUGCUCCCUCUGAAGUCAGGGAGAGGUUUGCUGUUAACUUUGGUGGUCCUAAGAAACUAAAUGCCACCGCACCAGCUUCCCAGCUGGUUGUGUCCCCCACAACUCAUGCUCAGCUGGCUGGAACUUGCCAUCCUUAGGCAUCCCCGAAAUCAUUUGCUCCAGCAUUGGGGACUUCUUGAAUGAUGCAAAACUGAACAGAUCCUCCUCAGACUGAUCAGCCAUAACUGAUCUAGUGGUUUAUAGUGUCUAACAGCGACCUGGUUGUAAGAGGCUGAGCCCAUCCAUCUUCAGUGGGUUGCCUAUGGGAAGUGGGCUUGUGAACCCAUGAAACUAGGGGCCUGGCCUUAACUAGUAAAGAUCAUAACAGCUCUGCUGUAGCCAUUGGAGUUAUGCUGCUUAACACUAAGGAUGCCAGCUGGCCCGGUGUGCAUUGCAUUCAGGAUUUUUCCAAGGGGAAUGGGAGAUUUGGGUUAGAAGCAGCCUCUUCAGACCUGGUGAAGAGGGCAUGGUAGGUAGCUUAAAGGUGCAUUUCCAUCAAAGGCUUUACAUAACAGAACAGGGAUAUAUGCUGAAGCCCCACACGUGCCUUGGUAUUCAAAACUCUUACUGAUGACGAGCAUUGCCUCCUGCCAAGCUGAAAACUACUAAACAUGAAUAUAUUGGGGUUCAUCCGUUACCUGGGAAGCGACAAGGGGUGCGAGUAUCACACACCAGCUGUCCUCCCCACCUAUCCUGAAUUUUGUAUUGUUGAAAACACUGAGAACAUCCAAGGCUUUGCACUGUACUGACAACCGUUUAAAAUCCCCAGUAAAAGAAAGUUAUAAA